UCACUUGGUCCUUCUCCUCCUUUUCUCCCCCCUCCUUCCUUCCCUCCCCGCUUUCGCCUCCGAUGGUUUGCCUAAGGAAGGCAAAGGGGAGCUGUCCAAGGUGCUAGGAUGCUGGCGGCUUGGCUGCUCAGAGGAUUGCAGCAAAAGAGGAGCACCCAGUUGCUGCUCAGAGCUGAAGGUAGGCUGGCUCUUUGUUUGAGAAUCCCUGAUUAAUCAACAACAGCAUCAACAGAAAGAAAGAAAGAGAGAGAGAGAGAGAGAGAGAGAGAGAGAGAAAGCUCCAGCCUGGAUAGAGUGAGAGAGCCUGUUUGAAGCCUUGGGUGGCAAUGAGAGAGAGGGAGAGGGAGAGCAUCUUUUUUUCCUGCUGCAAGAAGCCAUUUGGAUAGGAUGCUUGCAAUUCCUGCUUCUUCUUCUUCUUCUUUCUUCUGUGCUCCAUGCUCUUCACUCCAAUGAGGCACCUUGGCCACUUCUCUGCCCUGGCAUAUGUUGGUGCUGCAGUCUUCGGCGGGGUGAAAUCGAGAGGCAGACCCUAUCGUCUCUUUGCCAUUGGACUUCAAAGCAGGAUACCAUUGGUGCCCCCCUGAGACCUUCGCUGCCCUCCUUCUCCAGGAUUGAGAAUGCCCAGGCUCAUCUCCCCCCCGGCUUAGCCCCACUGCCUUUGUGACCCUCAAACUUUAAAAGGUUCUUUUUCAUCCUGUACUCAGAAGAAGAUUUCUUUCUUUCUUUCCUCCCCACCCCCAUUUUUAUCCCCCCCUCUUUUGAAUGCAACCCACUGAGUUUGAGAGAGACAGAAUGCUACAACCUGGAUAUCUUUGCCAAGAAGAGCUCAAGCACUUUAACUGAAAGAAAAACAAAACAAAAAACAAACCUGAGCCAAUCUGCAAAACCUGUUUUGUAUGGUGCUGAAAUAUCCCCUUCAGACUGCACUGAGAUAAACCACAGGAAAGGGCUUUUACAGGCAAAAGUCACCUUUAAUCAUUGCACUUAGCAGUCCCUUGAGGACUUUAAUCUUGGAAGUAUUCUCCUCUGUUUAUUAUCACCCACAAGAUGAUGAGUUCCAAUCAGGAGGAGGUCACUUUGGGCACUUUUCUGCAGUAUAUUGAAGAUAUGGGCAUGAAGGCCUAUGAUGGCUUGGUUAUACAGAAUGCAUCCGACAUAGCUCGAGAGAACGAUCGCAUGAGGAAUGAAACAAACCUGGCUUACUUGAAAGAAAAGAAUGAAAAGCGCCGGAAACAAGAGGAAGCAAUAAAACGCUUAGGUGGUGAAGUGGUGAGAGGAAAUGAAGGAAACUAUGUGGGCAAACAUUUUCGUAUGGGAUUCAUGACAAUGCCUGCACCUCAGGAUAGACUACCGCAUCCCUGUUCCAGUGGAUUUUCCGUGAGAUCUCAGUCACUUCAUUCUGUUGGAGGUACCGAUGAUGAAAACAGUAGCUGCUCUCGGAAGCAACCGCCACCAAAACCUAAGCGAGACCCCAAUACCAAGCUAAGCACGUCCUCUGAAACUGUAAAUGCUGGAACCACCAGUAAGAGCGGAAAGCUACCAGACAGGACUGAAGUGUCAGCCAAAGCAAGGCCUCACAGUGAUGAAUAUUCAAAGAAGGUUCCACCUCCUAAGCCAAAACGGAAUCCCAACACUCAGCUGAGUGCAUCUUUUGAUGAGACAUACAUCAAAAAACAUGGCCCCACAAAGUCAACGCUAAGUAGGGAUGCCUCCUUAUCACAGGUCAGCAGUCCUGCUCCUGAUACAGAGGAUGAAGAACCAGUUUAUAUUGAAAUGGUUGGAAAUAUACUUAGAGACUUCAAAAAAGAUGAGGAGGACCAAAGUGAGGCAGUUUAUGAAGAAAUGAAAUACCCCAUCUUUGAUGAUGGUGGCCAGGAUUCAAAGUGUCCGUGUGAGUAUGACCAUCACAGCUGUUCCUCUCAGUGUGCUACUCCCACAGUGCCUGACCUUGAUUUCACCAAGUCCUCAGUGCCAUCUACACCCAAAGGUGUGCUUUGUGACAUACCCCCACCAUUUCCAAAUUUACUUUCCCACAGACCUCCACUCCUGGUAUUUCCACCUGCACCAGUGCAGUGCUCCCCAAAUUCUGAUGAAUCUCCUUUAACACCACUGGAAGUCACCAAGCUUCCUGUGUUAGAAAAUGUGUCUUAUAUCAAACAGCAAGCUGGAGCUUCUCCAUCUUCACUGCCACCUCACACGCCAAGUCAUCAAAAACUGGAGAAAGACCAGACAUCUCAUGGAACUAGUACUCCAGGGCACUCCUCUUCACCUCCUCAUCCUUCUACCUUAUACAGAACACAGUCUCCACAUGGGUAUCCUAAAAGUCACUCUGCCUCCCCCUCUCCUGUGAAUAUGGGUCGGUCACUUACUCCCUUAAGUCUCAAAAGACCUCCUCCUUAUGAUUCUGUACAUUCAGGAAGUCUCUCAAGAAGUUCUCCAUCAGUGCCUCAUUCAACAGCCAGAAACAUAUUACAAGAAGGAGGGAAAAUGGUAAAUGCCUCUGUCAAUACCUACGGGUCAUCAACACAGAGUAGUUCACGAUCCAGAACACCUACUAGUCCCCUAGAGGAAUUAACCAGCCUUUUUACCUCAGGACGAAGUUUACUGAGGAAAUCCUCCAGUGGGAGAAGAUCUAAAGAGCCUGCAGAAAAACCAUUAGAUGAACUGAAGAUCAGGAGCCACAGCACUGAGCCACUACCAAAGCUGGAAAACAAAGAAAGAGGAAGUCACCAUGGGACAUCUUCUUCCAGAGAGCCAAUAAAAGCUCAGGAAUGGGAUGGGACACCAGGACCGCCACUUGUGUCUAGCAGACUUGGAAGGUCUUCUGUUAGUCCAACCAUGUUGGCAGGAAGUAAUAGUUCGGUGCUACUCCUGUGCUGGUCCCAGAACACCAGAGACAAAAUAGAACCGAAAGCAAGUUGCAGAUUAGGGCGAUCUGCAUCCACAUCAGGUGUGCCUCCUCCCUCCGUUACUCCUCUCAGGCAAGCGAGCGAUCCACAACCGAGCCAGAAUCAAGCACACUGCACACCCAGUAGGAGAGGGAAGAAACCCACAAGAACAAGGAGAGAACAACCACUUCCACAGCCUAGUAGCGUAUACAAUUACAGUAAAGUGACGUGUAUGCAGUGGUUACAUGGAGAUCAUACAAUGCUGGAAAUGAUUGAGAAAAAACGUUGCCUCUGCAAGGAAAUCAAGGCACGGCAGAAAUCAGAGAAAGGACUUUGCAAACAGGACAGCAUGCCGAUCCUACCAAGUUGGAAGAAGAACACAGGGGCCAAGAAAUACAGCCCUCCUCCAUAUUCCAAGCAACAAACGGUUUUCUGGGAUACAGCGAUAUGAUAUGAACAUGAGGGUUAUCUUCCACACAUGCUGCAAUGUGCGCUGUCAGCCAACCUUCCUCAUAAGGUGAUAUCUGGAACCAAAUUCAGGUGAAGAUCUGCCUAGGAAUAAGGCUUACUAAAGUGGUAUCCACAUGUCAAUCAAAAGAAAAAUCUAUGUCUACCACGGAGCAAAGGCAUGCACAGUUUUUUCAAGGAUUCCUUUGAUUGAAGAAAAGUAGUAAGAUGUAAAUAUUUUGCCAAUCUCCUUUGAAAAACUGAGUGAAUAUACUCUUUAAAUUAUAAUGCAAACCUGUAUGAAUAAUUUUAAUCAUAUGCUGUUUUAACUGUUUUCUAUGUGUUAUAUUUAUGGUUUUUUAAAAAAAGAACUAAGUUAUCUCACCUGCCUAUAUUUUAGGCCUAAAUCCAACAGCUAGUCCAAAGUAGAACAGCCACACUGAAUCCCUUGCUCAAUGGUAAACCAAUGUCUAUAUGUAUCCUAUUGAUUCAGUAAUGUCUAGUCAGAUUGAGAAUAGCCAUUGGAUUUAGGCCUUAGUGUCAUUACAAAAGCAUGUGGUUGUACAUUUUUGGUUUAACAGUAAGUUGUUUGAAUCAAACUGGUGCUAGGGCUGUAGAAGUUAAAUAAAUAUAUGAUUUAUUAGAAGGAUUUUCUACAAACUCCUUUCAGCAGGAGGUGGAUAGAACUGCAAAGAAUGCAGGUUAAACAGUAUUCACUUGGAUAUCCAAAUUACAUUAGCAAUGUGUUGUUCCACACAUUUUUGAAAAAUAUAUUUGAUAUAAUAUAACUGUAUUAAUAGUACAUUAUAAAUAUCUGCAAUUUACCAAGUAUAACUGAUCUGCAACCACCUAUAUCAGGUUCACUCACAUAGCUGGAAACUAACUAGUAGUGUUUAACUGAUGCCACCAUAAGUCCCAAUUCGAAAGACCCUUGUACUUUCUUGCCUAACAGCACUCAGUAUCUUUCAGAGGGAACAGGUGGUAAAAAGAGGGUUUGGGGGAUUAAUCUUCCCACCCUUCAAAAAAUGUAAUCAGAGCUGCCAACUGUGUUUAAUGGUUCAGUAUAGUUGGACGUAAGGAGUGCAAGAAUGCUUCAUAUUGGUCUGCAUUUCAUGAUAUGGGGACAUUUAAAAUCUUGAUCAGCAUAAGGUUGUAUAAUUUAAACAGAAAUGCAAAAGCAUUCCUCUUACAGAUUAUCUUUCUGAAUGAUAUGAGUGAUUCUGAUGAAAUAGGUUGAUUUAACACGUAAAUUAAAUUAGCUGCAGAUUUUUUUUUUAUUUAGUGGAGAACUCUUCCUUCUUCUGUUCAGUUGAUUUGUGGAGACCAGGGUUCACUGUGACUAAGGACUGUACAUCACAUGAUUCAUUUAAUCUAUAUAUUCAUUUAGCAGGUUCAAAUGGUGGUAGUGCAGCUAUAAUUCCCAUCCUCAUUUGUCGUGGAUCCCUGAAAGUAAAGGUAACAGCAAUCU